CUUAGCUUCCACAAUAAUAUUUCCUCCCUCAACGCCAACCAAAACCUUCUCCGUUAAGAAUAACUCUCUCUCUCUCUCUCUGAAAUGGGCGAGGAAUCUCAAGGGAUUAAGCUGUUUGGUGCGCUGAUUACAUUGAAGGGUGGGGAAGUAAAGAAAGGAGAAAAAGGAAGCGAAUAUGAGAGGGUGGAGAAGAGAGCAGAGAAGAUAAUACCCUGCCCGAGAUGCAAGAGCAUGGAAACUAAAUUCUGUUACUUCAACAACUACAACGUUAAUCAGCCGAGGCAUUUUUGCAAGAGCUGCCAGAGGUACUGGACGGCUGGUGGGGCCCUCCGAAACGUCGCGGUCGGCGCCGGGCGCCGGAAGGCUAAGUCACCGUGCCAUGGAGCCGGUGACUUCAUGGAUGGGCGUGCCUAUGAAACUUCUGAAGAUGAAAACAGGUUUGAGAUGAAUCAGGGACACGUUGCCAUGCCCAACACUCAUUUCCGCCAGAUUUUUCAGGCCAAGCGCCAGAGAAUCACCUCAGGAGCAUCAAGGUCAAUGAAAUCAUGUACGAAAACACAACUUGGAAUUAUUAUGAACAAGAAAUUAAGGACUUCAGCAGCGAGGGACCAAAGCGUGUCUUGAGAAUUAAGAUGUGAACACACCUAAAAAAAUGAUGAUGUUCAACUAUGAGGAGACGUGAGAUGCUGAGAUUGGUUUUUUUUCCUCGAAGCUCAUGUCCAUUGUCCAUAAGCAGGUUAAUUUUAAGGCAUGAAUAUAGACUGCGGAUAAUUGGUUAAGUGGGUUACACAUUAUAGCUGUGACAUAAGAUUGCGAUCCACGAAAUUGAUGUAUGCAGAUAUAGAUGAAAUAUUAGUCAAUGGACAAAGAGAUAGAGGAUUGAAAAAGUAAACAUCAAAACACGAAUAUUUGAGUGCAAAUUGUCGUUUAAGCAUUUAAUUUAUUCCCCCUUUUCUCUCUUCUUCAAUAAUUAAGGAGUCGACCCCAGUCUUCUACACAGUGCGGUUGUUCUAGAGGCCGGCCAAUAAACCUUACCAAAUCAACUUUCAAGAAAGAAUUUCCAAUUUGGCAGAAUGAAACGAAGAUUCCAAUAUUAUGCUUUAUAAGAAUGACGUAAAAGUGGAAAAUUUUCAAUGAACAAAUAUUUAUCAAA